ACCUGUGCUAAAGUCUGCACGAUAUUAGGAUUGCAGAACAAAAUUUAUUUUUUUCCUAUUCUUAUAAAAUAAAUCAUCGUGUAGAUAUUUUAUUUAAAAACAUUAGUCAGCUGCGUGUUUCAGUAAUAUUUGACAGCAAAUUCCAGGUGCAAAGGUUGUCAGAAUUGGAUUUGUUUGUUCCAGAUCAGAAGAAACAAAAUGACUGCAUCUAUUACAUUAACUGAAGCAGUCUAGACAUAGAUAGAAGAAAAGUUUGUCAAUAUGAUAACAGCAGAUGAAACGGACUCGGUUGGCACUUUACCUUCGGAUGGACACCCAGAAGAUGUUGCAGCUUCUGCCACUGAAGAGGCCCCUUCAUCCAUGGUCUCGAGCGAAGCGGAGUCUGAAGGUAGCAUCCUCUCUGAAGCACGACACGACACCUCAGAACAUUACGGCGCCCAAUCUGAUCUAACGAUCGAUCAUGGAGGACUAGACAGAAACUUGGCACAGAACUCCGGGGACUGGCGGAAUGUCAGCAGUGCUGGGACUUCGUACGUGUCCACUAGAGGUUCAAUGUUACCAUGGGGCACUCAGAAAGGACCCGUGAUUCCACCACCUGACUCUGACCUUCGACCCGGAGAAUACGUGAUGAGGUUACUCUUCACAGAAUUCACUGUUCAAGCUGAAAGGAAGAUGGAAGCUGUUAUGGCCGAGCCGUUGGAAAAACCAUUGAACAAGACUCUUCAAAGGGGGGAGGACCCUCAGCUCGACCAGAUACUGUCUGCUUUCGGUACAGUCGCGGAGCAUUGUCUACCUUCGUUGUUACGGGCCUUGUUUGGUUGGCUCGAGAGACAGAUGGCCGACUCGCCGCAGUUGAGCGAACAGGCUAAGAAGCCACAUCAAGAUCUCAGAAACAAGAGCAUAAUCUACAUAGUGUCUGGAAGCGGUGCCGGUACAGAGACCGUGGAAAGAACAUGCGAAGAGCUGCAAGCUGAGCGUCGAGACCUGGCCGUCGAGUUCUUAUUCUGUCUGGCUCUGAUCGAGGUGCUGAAACAGCUUCCCUUCCACCCUGGACACGAGGACCUAGUUCACUAUAUCGAGAAUGUUGCUUUCAAGAGAUUCAAUUAUAAAGAAGGAUUACAAUCGAACCCGAAUGCGGCAAACGCCCACAUCAUUGCCGAUUUGUAUGCGGAAGUGAUCGGGGUACUGGCGCAAUCUCGAUUCGCAUCCGUAAGGAAGAGGUUCACGGCCGAACUGAAGGAAUUGAAAAACCGUGAGCCGUCCCCUCAUACAACACAAAGUAUAAUAUCAUUACUGAUGGGUAUGAAGUUCUUCCGGGUGAAAAUGGUGCCCAUCGAAGAGUUCGAGGCCUCGUUUCAAUUCCUCCAGGAGUGCGCUCAGUACUUUCUCGAAGUCAAAGACAAAGACAUCCGACAUGCCCUGGCCGGGCUGUUCGUUGAAAUACUUGUUCCCGUUGCUGCUACGGUGAAGAAUGAAGUGAACGUACCAUGCCUGAAGAACUUCGUGGAGAUGUUGUACAGUCACACGCUGGACGCCAGCACCAAGUCCAAGCACAGGCUGGCACUGUUCCCGCUCGUCACCUGCCUGCUCUGCGUCUCCCAGAAGCAGUUCUUCCUGGCGAACUGGCACUGCUUUCUUGCCAUGUGCUUAUCGCAUUUGAAGAACAGAGAUCCUAAAAUGUGCCGUGUGGCUCUUGAGUCGUUAUACCGUUUGCUAUGGGUAUACAUGAUAAGGAUCAAAUGUGAAAGUAACUCGGCAACCCAAUCGCGACUGCAAAGCAUCGUCAACUCGUUGUUCCCGAAAGGAUCCAAGGGCGUUGUGCCACGCGACACUCCACUGAACAUAUUCGUCAAAAUCAUCCAGUUCAUUGCCCAGGAAAGACUCGAUUUCGCAAUGCGUGAGAUUGUUUUCGAUUUGCUAAUGGUAGGAAGGCCUAUCAAGAUUAUAUUGACCCCCGAGCGAAUGUCGAUCGGUCUGCGAGCUUUCUUGGUUGUAGCUGAUAGCUUACAGCAGAAAGAAGGCGAACCUCCCAUGCCUCGAACGUCCGGUACAUUACCUUCAGGCAACACUCUGAGAGUAAAGAAAACUUUUCUAAAUAAGAUGCUAACCGAUGAAACAGCGCGCUCUAUAGGUAUGAGUGCGUAUUUCCCGUACGUCAGGAGGGUAUUAGUGGAAAUACUAAGGGCUCUAGAUGCUCAUUACGGAAGACCGUUGAUGCUAACGAAUACACAGAACGUGACUAAAGAGCAAGAAAUCAAUACCGGUGAAAGGAAACCAAGGAUUGAUUUGUUCAGGACCUGUGUUGCGGCGAUCCCAAGGUUGAUUCCAGAAGGCAUGAGUCCCAACGAACUAGUAGACUUGCUUUGUCGUCUUACUGUUCACAUGGACGAGGAACUUCGAGGCCUCUCAUUUCAGAGUCUCCAGACUCUGAUCGUAGAUUUUCCGGAAUGGCGUCAAGAUGUUCUGGCUGGUUUUACGCAGUUCUUAGCUAAGGAAGUUCAAGACACAACACCUCAACUAGUGGAAAACGGUCUCCGCAUGUUGCUGCAACUGGUGACGAGCUGGAAGAACGGCGAGCCGACUGUCACUGUAGCUCCUGCGAAGACUGAGCCCCUGGUGUCCGUGGUCAGAGGAGCCGAAGCUCUCGGGCUGGUGAUGCUGUGCCAGUGUAGAGCUUACCCGCGGAGGCUAGCUGUCCAUGUUCUAAGAGAAACGAAAUGCCUCCUCGAGAAGCUCCAGCUGACGCGCGACGAGCCCGCCCUCAUCGACGCGGCAGACGCUCACGUUCCAUACUUCGCGGAGAAGUGUCUGCCGCUACUGCCGCCAGCUGAGAAACAAGCGAUAUUAGCAGCCGCCCAACCGGACCUCGUCUGGAUAGCUGAACGUAGCCACGCCGUUUGGACUGCAGGUAUCCAACAUGAUGAGACUUCAACAAAGAACAGCUGGAGUGGAGGAAGUUCGUCUAACGGAGCUGAUCCUUGGGAGGUUGUGUUGUUCGGUUUAUUGGAGCGCGGCCGCGUGCCGGCUCGGUGUCCCUCCACCGUACUGCAGGCGUGGCCGAUCCUGCACGCGAGGAUACACGCGCUCUUCACCAUCAUCGAACCAGCACCAGUCAAUGAUAACCGUGCAUCUUUAUUGUCACGAGGACCUGCUCUACCCAGAAAACCUGAGAAAGAACGAGACGGUUAUAUGCAAGUAUGGAAAUAUUACAUGACAAUGGCGUACUUGGUGGUGCCGGCGAUACCGAGUCCGGUAAUAAGAUGUGCCAGCCCCGACCUCAGCCUUAGUUGCGCGGAAGCUGAAGGUUGGGGCGGGCUGCCCACGCUGAGCUCGUCCAGUGAGAGCCUCAACGCCUCCGGAGGGUUCUUCACGCUGCCAUUGAGCUAUGCGCGUGCGCACAGACAACACAAACGAACGAGUGCACUCUUCUUGCCAGCGUGUCCAGAUACACUGUGGGGCUCGUCGCCGGACUCGCUGAGCGAGCGCAGCGGCGGGGACGGUCGCGGGGCUCAGGCGUCGCCGGGCUCCCUGCAUAAACUGGCCGUGCCGCUCGCCCGGUGCGAAGUACCGGAAGUCAGGGACGCAGCGAUUUCGGCCUGCGGGAACAUCAACCCUGAUGCAUUCAAAGAUCUAAUGGAAGAAUUAUUGCCACUACUACGAGAAGCGGUGGAUCGCAAGCAAGAGAAUAUGAGACGUCGUCGUCGACGCGACGCGUUGCGUCUUAAUCUAAACAAGAUGCUAUUGUUGAUAGCUCAGAAGAAGACAUUCGCUAACAGUGCAUCAGCAUUAGAAAACGGUGGUCUCCACACAAACAUCGCGGAGUAUCUGGACGGCGUCCGCCAGUGCUUCGAGGCGGAGGCGGAAAAGGACGCGCCGGCCGCCAGGGAACAACGGAUCACCUUCGCUGAUUUUGUCACCGAACUCAUAAAGAGUUUCCCUUUGGAAAUGUAUGCGUCGUUGAUGAAGAAGGAACUCUGCAAAAGUCUGUUUUCGUUGUUCAGCGGCUGGUGCGGCCCGCUGGCUAAACACCUUGGCUCUUUGGUACCACAAAUCACAGCACAAGAAGUCGAUGAGAGAUUGAAUUUAUCUGCGCUUCGAGCAAUGAGUGCAUUAGUUUGCUGCGGGCCUUGUUUCGCCCCCGCCGCACUCGCAGAGGACGGAACCCUGUACCCGUGGCUCAGUGAGAUGCUGUCCUCUACCAGCGACAAGGUUUACGAAUUAGCCCGGGAAACGAUUGUACUCCUUCUCGAUUGCAAUCCCGACAUCGGGCCCCUGCUGGACUGGACCGUCGAUAAAUGCUUCACCGGCACUUCGAGGGUCGCCGAUGGUUGUUUCAUGGCACUCGCCACGAUUUUCAGCACCAGGGAGUACCCGUGCGAUCACUAUACUGCUAUUAUCAACGUGACCCUCAUGUGCACUGGCUGCCCCCGAGCCCCGGUACACGAAAGCGCCUUGCAGCUGCUGCAGCUCCUCGACAAACGAUUCUUCGGUUCCGUUGGUCCGCUGCCGACUGACGAAGACAACGGCUCGGAGAAGGGUCGAGGAACAUUGGAUGCGCUUCUUUGCACAACCUACUGCAGGUCCCAGCUAUAUCUAUCUAGGCAACUAUCCCAACUACACCCUGAGCUCACCAUGCCCAUGUUCUCCGAGAUAACGGCGCGCUUCCAGACCGCUCGUACUGAAGUCCGUCAGCUCCUCCUGCAGUACCUCUUGCCUUGGCUGGUGAACAUUGAACUGGUCGACCCCAACGUGCCCCCGGCCAACCCGCUAUCCUAUAUACAGUACUACACGACGGACGGCGGUCGCAGUAGUCGCCGGGAAGGUCUGGGCUCCGCUGAAGCUACCGAAAUGGUUUUGAAUAACCUCUUCUACAUAACAGCCAAGUUUUCGGACAAUCACCCCAAAGAAAUCGAAGAGCUGUGGUCGACGUUAUGCGCCUGUUGGCCGAACAACCUAAAGGUCAUCAUCAGAUAUUUGAUCAUCGUCUCCGGAAUGGCACCCAACGAACUUUUACCAUAUGCGAAACGCGUUGUCUUAUAUCUGGCCCGACCCCGGCCCGAGCGACUUCUUGAUGAGAUGAUGACGGAACUGCAGACAGUCGAGACUUUGAACUGUCUCAUCGAGCGCACGGAGACUCCGCCCUUCUACAGGCUCACAUCCAUGCGCAAGGCCACGUCGGGACACAGCGACGGACCCGGCACCGGCUCGCAGGACGCAACCGGUCGGACAGGUGAACUGGCGCCAGUCGAGAAAGGAACCAUCCACACGAAGAGGCAUAGCGGUGAAGAUCCCGCCAAAGCAAGUGGAGCUAAGGCACCGGACACGCCCAACCCGAGACAGGACAAGCGGUCGUCAAACCCGCCGUGCUCAACGCCGCCCGCCCUGGAAGACGUUCCGCCGCCCUCUGAUGGUGACGCCACCCCAACUGGCUUCGGUCCGGAUUUAAGCGCUACGCCCCUUCAGGGCAGCGCUCCUUCGACGCCCCAGGAGGCGCGCGUGGACGUGCCCCAGCCGCGACCCCUCCCGAUGCCGGAGUACGGCGGCUUCUUUGCUCUCCUCACCGAGUACUUGCCGGACAGCAACCAACCGAUCUCCGGCUUCCACCGGUGCAACGUGGCGGUCAUGCUGCUCUGUGACGUCGUCCUCGACGGAGUCGAGAUAGACUGGUCUAUUCAUGUUCCGCUGAUGCUACACAUAGUGUUCCUCGGGAUGGACCACACAAGGUGGAUAGUUCACCAGCAUUGCCGGCAGCUGCUACUGAACCUGCUGGUGGCGGUGGCCGCCCACCACGACCACCUGACGGUAGCGAAGACGCUGCUGGCGAGCCGGUCCGCUCAGCUGGGGCUCGGUACUCCGCCUACGCUGCCCAUUGUUCAACACAACUUCACCGAGCCUGAUGCGUCGUUUGAUAAGCAGCCCCAAUGCGCGCACUCGCCGAGGUCGCACGUCCGGUCCCUCAGCUCAGACCCUCAAACCACACCCGAAGGUGAAACCGAUAACUUCCCGUCUCUCCCGGUGAUCAUAACCGGCGAGGCGGACGCGGACCCGAUCCCGGAACACCCCGAGCCGGAGCCGGCCGAGAUGCCGAUCGCUGACGUCAUCAAGUCAUUGGUGCACUUCUUGGCGAAUCGACCCACCCACAUGCCGCUCUGGCAGUAUGAGGACAUUACCGCUAAAGUAUGGACACUCCGGAGCUGUCAACAGAUGCAGACCCUGGUGGGGCACGUGCUGCGAGUGUUCCGCGAGUCCCUGCCGCACGCGCUGGUGUCGGAGCGCUGGGCGCAGACCGCCCUGCAGCUCGGCCUGUCCUGUCCGUCGCGACACUACGCAGGACGAUCCCUGCAGGUGUUCCGGUUCAUCGGUGUAGCGAUGACGGGCCGAAUGGUCUCCGACAUUCUCUCUCGUCUGGUGGAGACUGUUGCCGAGCAGGGAGAAGAUAUGCAGGGCUACGUCACGGAACUCCUUCUCACUCUGGAGGCGGCUGUUGAUUCGCUCGAGUCAAACUUUAGGCCCCUGGACUACAUGAGAGAUAUAUUCAAAUCGACGCCAAAUUUGAAUAAUAAGGAGGGACAGCAACCUAACGGCGCUACGUACCCUGCAGUGAUACCAGGCAAGCGUUCUCCCGGCGUGUGCGUGGGGUGCGUGAACAAUCACACGAGGAGCACGAGCUACUCCGUGUCCUACUGCAUCAGGAAGAGCAACGUGCAGGCUUCCGGAUCUGACAAGCAGCACGAACGCGGCCGCGUGUGUCCUGAGGCCGGUAAAGGCGCCUGCUCCAACCUGUGCCGGUCGAGAUCAGCGCAGUCACUGAAGCUGCUCGGCGACACCGCCACGCAGGAUGAUAAAUUGACGAUCCUCGCGACAUUAUUCUGGGUCGGAGCCUCCCUGUUGGAGAGCGACUAUGAACACGAGUUCUUGCUAGGAGUCAGGUUGCUGUCCAGAGUCAUGUGCCGGUUGCCGUUAGAUAGACCCGACGCUAGAGAGAGGCUGGAUCGCACUCAAGCUCACACAUCCCCAUCGCUGCAUGCCCUGCUUCUAAAGGGCUGCACUCAUCCCAACACGUACGAGCCUGUGGUCGGAGUACUAGCCGACAUGAUCCCACUACUGGAGCUGCCCGUCAUCGAUCCCACACAAUCCGUGGCCUUCCCGAUGACGGUAGUAGCUCUUCUGCCGUACAUGUUGCUGCACUAUGAAGACGCCAAUCAGCUGUGCGUCAGAGCGGCCUGCCAUAUAGCACAGUUUACAUCAGAGAAGAGUAAGAAACUAGAGAACUUGGGAACGGUGAUGACUCUAUACUCGCGUCGCACCUUCAGCAAGGAGAGCUUCCAGUGGACCAAGUGUGUCGUCAAAUAUCUGUGGGACACAUAUUCUCAUCUCUCGCUGCAGAUGCUGGCCUUUCUAGUGGAAGUACUCGAAAAGGGUUCGACCAGCCUGCAGCUACCGGUGCUCUCGAUCCUGCACUGCAUGCUGUACUACGUGGAUCUGAACGCGGCGCCAGCUCAGCCGGUCAACACGGACCUGCUGCGAGCCGUCGCCAAGUUUAUCGAUCAAGAAGGAAACAACUACAGGGAGGCGAUGAAGAUAUUGAAGUUGGUUGUGACCCGUUGCUCCACGCUGGUGGUGCCGCCGUCCUGGGAGAGCACCGCGUCCUCGCUGCUCGACGCCGAGAUACACGGGAAGAAGGAGCUACCGGGACGAACCAUGGAUUUCACAUUUGAUCUGUCCCAAACGCCCGUAAUCGGCAGGAAGUACCUACCGAAGGCCGGCAGUCAACCAGCCACCGGACCCAGCUCUCUAUCAAAUGCCUCCAGCACUACUCCAGACAAAGGCUCGUCAGCAUCGCGCUCGGGCUGCGCGUCCACCGUGGUCGGUCCCGAGACCAGCACGUCACCGCGACGGUCGCUGUCACUGUCAUUAUCACCGGCCGACGCUCUGCUCUCCGGCUGGAAGAGACCUUGGAUGUCUCAGAGUCGUGUUCGUGAAUGCCUGGUGAACUUGCUAACGACAUGCGGGCAACGCGUGGGUCUACCCAAGAGUCCUUCUGAUGAUUUAUUAACCACUUUAUGUUCUAAGGUGAUAUUCAGCCAAAGCUCGGAGUUGUUAGAGCGGGAAUCUUCUAUGGCGUCAUCGCUUGAGGAGGUGUCUGGUACUCCUGGAAAUGAGCCCUCAGGUGGAGCUCCCCCCACUGAUCAUUUUGGUGUCUUCAAGGAUUUUGAUUUUCUCGAAUAUGAAAGCGAGAGUAUAGAGGGUGAAAGCUCAGAUAAUUUCAACUGGGGUGUCCGUCGGAGGCCACUAAGCGAAGAGCGAGAUGAAGUCCAAAUCCCUGAGAGGAGUCCUCCACCGCAGCAGCCGAGACCUCCUGAACUCCAGCAGAUCACCAAACCUGCUGGCCAUGAUGACUCGUCCGAUGAGGAAGCAGGGUGGGAGGAGGGGGCCACCCACGUGAGGAGCGAGGCAGACAUGGCGACGCAACACGACAUAUCACUGAGGCCUAGAACACAUUCGUUCUCAAGCGCCUCCAGCGGAGAUCCUGACGGUAGAGUGUAUUUAGGCGACCGCGGCGACGUGACCCCGGUGCCGGGCGCGGGCCCGGUGAUGCGCGACGCGUGGCGCGCCUCCGUGGCCGCCCUCGUGCGCCACUCCGCGCACAUGCAGCCCCUGGCCCUCAUACACCGCCUGCACACCGUGCUCAAGGAAGUAACAUCGAAGACGAUCUCCCUGUGCUCGGACACGCCCUACACGAGCAUCGGCUCGGCGGAGCUGUUCGCUGUACUGGAGAGGCUGAGCGCCGAAGAGCCGCCGCUCAUCUGGGUGGGCCCCGGCGCCGCGGACUGCGCGAGGAUCAGGGACGUCGUGCGCUACGCGUCCCUAGAGAUCAACGAGCAUCUCGAAACUUAUUUCGAUAGACGGGAACACGCUCUCGAGACGCUGGAGCUGCCGAGGAGUUCGAGUGAGGAGAUGGGCCGAUGCCUCUACAAGCUGGUGUUCCAACUCCUGCUGCUGCUGGAGACCAACAACAAGAUCAUUGUUGCCGUCUACCACGCCUCUCUGGACAAUGGAGGCGUGGAGAUGAGCGGUGCCGUGUGCGCGGUGCGUAACGCGCUGAUCGCCGGCCACAGCGACUCCUGGGCCGAGCACACCCCCGGCCCGCACGACGACGCCAAGCUGUGGCAGCUCAUGCAGUGGCAGAAAUGGGGCGUUGCCCUGGCCCUCGUUCGGGAGCGCAACGCCGAGACGAUCCUGGAGCGCGGAGAGAUUCCCGAGGAUGACGUCACCAGCCUGCUGCACGUCUACUGCAGGGGCUUAGCGCAGGCACAUCCAGAUAUGGUCGCUAUAACGCGGCCCGUGAACGAUUUAUCCCAGAAUUUGUCCUUUAUGAUGGAGAGCCUGUACAAGGUGUCCGUGGCCCUCCAGCGGCAGGAGUUCGGCUGAUGAUUGAGGAGUCGCCGUUCGAUGACGCGACGAACAAGCAACACACGCCACAAUAGCCGCAUCUAAUUGUCACCUCGCAGCGCCUCGUCAUGACAUAUCCCGCUAAUAGCUUACUUAAUUACUUACUUCAAUGUUGUUCAUGUAUUUUAAUAGCAUGCUCUAGAAAUGCACGUACGUAAUUUGUCCGAAAUUAAUUCGCUUUCAUCGAAAGUUUUAGCGUAAAACUAAACGUUAGAAAUUGAGAAUUAAAUUUUGUAAAAUCUUCAAUGACUUAAACAAUAAACUGGUAAGUAAAAGAACAUAAGAUAAUAUUAACCGUAAUAGUACCGUUGAAAAAUUCAUUUAUUGUGAAUUUAAUUAUUUUUUUUCGUAAUCUUCAGCAGAGUUAUAGUGGUUCUGUUUUAAAAUUAUUUAAAACAUUACCUUAAAAUAUUUACUGGAACAUAAAAUUGUUUGCAGACUAUGAUCCGCUUACCCCGAUAUUGUUGUAUUAAUAAUGCGAAUGAUUCUCAGAUUAUUUUUUAGUAAAUAUCAAACUUCAAGGAACAUCGCGAUUCUGUUGCACUUUUAUUGUGAAACGCGAUUCGAUUUGGCUUAUAUUAGAUUUAAAUGCACUUUAAGUACGCAGAUUAAGAAUAAUGAAUAUUAAAUAUAGUAUAAAAACAGUAUUACAACUCUGUACAGAGUCGUGUAUUUGAUAGCGUUUAGAUAAUAUCGAACCAAACAGGGUGGGAGAAUUAUGAAGGACUAGUGGAAGAUUAUAAAAUUACAAAUCAAAAUUUAAAUGAAUUUAAGAUUUUUAGAGUUUAGAUAUCGGAGGCCCAACAUCGGAUGCCUGUUCACGCAGCCAAUGUAUGUAUUUGUGCGCGAGCAGAGCGUCACAGUACGGUCGACUGAGCAAACUAUUGAGCACUCACGUAAGCAGAUGCUGUUUUGCUAACAGUACAUACCGUGUGUAGUUUGUUUCUGAUCUCAUGUAGUGAGUAAUGAUGUGUGCGUUGGAGCCCCUCCCAUCCCGUCAGCUCCUGAUGCGGAGGGGAAACGCUUGUCAGACUCCUAGCAAAGUGUCUAUUUAGUUUUUAUCAAAUAUCAAAAUAGAAGAUCAAUAUGUUUUUCUUUCUUCAUUAAAUUCUCGUGCAAAGUGCACUUUCUGCUUUUUUUAGUGUUAUAGACUAUAGUCCCACAGUGGCAUGAUUUUUUGUAACCGUCUUUAAAUUUAAUUUUGCUCUGAAAUUUGCGAUCCGAAGUGAACUACAGUAAUUAUUAUAAUUUAAAACAAAUCAAUAUAUUCAAUUCAUUCAUUCAUCAAUUAAAGUUCUGAAAAUUCGGAAAGGCAUACUUUUUUGAGUGAGUAUUCGUAAAGACGAAUAUAUUCUUUGAAACAUAAAAUACAUAAUUACGGAACGAAGCCCCGUUGUAAAGUAACUGCCUACACCAUGCACACUAAGGGUAAAAGCUGGAUAGAUUUCAAGGAAAAUAAAAUUUAUUUGUAUGUUUCAAAAUUGUUCGCAUACUUCGGAAAUUUGCGAUGAAAUAUCCAUUGUACUAAAAUUAUAUAAUCGAUUCGUUUAAUGAAAACUCAUAUCUACACUAAAAUUAGUUUGUCGAAAACAAACUAACUUUACUUAUUCAUUAGAUACAAAAAAUACUGUAAAUUCUUCAACUCAUUUGUUACACUAAUAAUAAAAAAGUCUCUUAUGAAACUUAUAUCAGAUUUUAAAUAUAUCUUUAUGCAAUAAAUUUUUAAUAGAUAGUUAAUUUAAAAUAUUUGAACAAAUAAAGUACCUAUUCAAUUAUAACUGCUCACUCAAUUCUCAUUGAGUAUAAACUAGUAAAAUUACCUAACACUCAAGCUUAUUAUAACUUAAGUAAAUAAAUAUUAUCACCUAAGAUAGUAUAUUUCUUGCACAUAUUACGAGUAUAUAUUUUCUUAGAAUACAAACUGUUUAUAAAAAUGAUGAAUUAUUUUUGUUAAACUCAGGAUUUCUAACAUUAAUCAAUUUAUCUUUCUAUCGACAUAUACAUUGAAUUAUCAGUUUUCCUUAAAAUCUACAUGUAAUAUUUAUUACCAAUUAAUUUAAUUUUCUAUAUUAUUUUGCUCUAUUAGAAAAGAACUCGUGCUUCUAACGAUUUUCUAAUUUGAAAAUCGUAACAAAAUGGAAUAACUCUUGAGUUUGAUCUUUAUAUUUAAUAGUAAAUAUGUCUGUAUAGUCGAAUGCUUUUCAGCAGUAGCACGCCGAGCUCCGUUUCUUUAGAGGUUGCGAUCAAAGAGGCUUUGUAUGUAAGUUAAUUAAACAUCGUAAUGAAUAUAUUUUAAGUCGGAUCUGAAGUGAUUAUACGUCGCCGCGUCGGUUUGACGAUUCAUGUACCUUUCUGUUACCAAAAAAAAAAAAACGGAGCUCCAUUUUAGUUUUACUAAUACUUGUAACCAAUUGUAAAUGUAUUUAAAUUAAUAAAUGAA